CAAUGCUGACACUUAAUAAGAAGGAAAUAGCAUACUAAAUAAACAAAUUGGACACAUCCUUUCUGGAGGAGCUCUUAAAAAUUAGUUUUAGUUUGGUAACUGACAGUCAAACUCUUCGUCUUCUCGUCAUGUAAUGAGACAACGAUGCAAAAUACUCGAGAUUUGUCAAAUUUCAUUAUUAAAGUUAAACAAGAAACUAUUAAAACAAUACAAAACACAUCAACUCAGCUGUUUCGGGACUAGAAAAAGCACUGACAAAUCUAAAGUCAUUAAUUUGGUAAGAACCUCACGCAAGAGAACUCCAUCUUUUUCGGUUACCCAAAGUCACCUCAAGCUCGUUUACAUUUUAAACUCGUCGACUUCCUCAGAGUUAAAAUGUCGGGUGACGACUUGUUUUGUAGCCGAUCUUGGGUUCGUAAAGUCAACAACCAAGAAAACUCUGAUCUUUUCAUCUUUUACCGAGCCGUCGUCUCUUUGCUCAUUUUUCUAACAGUAACAGCUACUUUUGGAAAUGGGCUGAUAUUGGCCGCCAUACGCAAGAACUCUUGUCUUCAUCCGCCUACAAAAUUACUUCUUCGUUCUCUGGCGAUCACUGAUCUCUGCGUCGGUGUCAUUUCACAGCCCGCUAUAGUUACUAUGUACUCCUCGUUUCUUGCAGGAAACUCAGAGCUUUGUCAAAUCAGCAAAGAUAUCGUUUACACUACGACCACCAUUUUCUCCGGCAUUUCUUUGGCUACAUUAACUACCCUAAGCGUGGAUCGACUUCUCGCGCUGUUAUUGGGCUUGCAAUACAGAUUAGUUGUAACUGUCAAGCGAAUUCGUGCCCUUGUUACUGUAUUCUGGUUUUUGAGCACCACUGUCGGCAUCGUCUACAUCUGGAGUGCGUAUUUAUAUUUCCUGGUGAGCACUGCAUCAGUACUGUCACUUGUUGCAAUUUCAACAUAUUGUUACGCAAGAAUCUUCCACAACAUUCGACGUCAACAAGCACGAGUACAAGCCGCCUUGGAAUGCCCUCGCACCGGACUUAACAUAGAGCGGUACAAACGAACAGUUCUCAAUGCACUAUGGGUUCAUACAAGUUUAGCCACCUGUUAUCUUCCAUUUGCUCUAACAACCGCAGUUAUCGCCGUGCGUGGCCUAAACAGGUCACUCAUUGUUGUUGAGGCUGCGACGUCGGCUUUGGUUUACCUCAACUCUUCACUCAAUCCUCUUCUUUACUGCUGGAAGAUCAAGGACAUUAGGCAAGCUGUGAAGGAAACAGUGCGCCACGUCUGUACUAAUCCCGCUUAACACUUAAUAUACAAGGA